GAAGAAGAAGAAGAAGAAGAAGAAGAAGAAGAAGAAGAAGAAGAAGAAGAUUAAGAAGCAUCUCUGUCGAUAACGCUAAACUAGACUUCUCUCAAAUAUUAAUGUUAAAAUGUAGUGCGACGGAUAACAGCUUUGACCUGCACGCGCUGAUACGUGUCAUUUCCUCCACACACAAGUGAAGUGAAGAUCUCUUAUUUUGAGCAUAAGUAGUAAACCGAGGACUUGGUGUUGAGGAACCAUGAGGAGAGUCAUGAAACAAUCCAGCUGUUAUUUCAGCAAACGGACGAUGAUUCUUCUUCUGAGCUUGGCUUUGAUGUCACUGGCAUUUUUAAAGCUGCCUUCCUUUCAUACGGAACUAAAACCUGUGGAAGUGCCAGUAGACAACAAAUUCAGAAAGCGUGUCCAUUCUCAUGUCCGAGAGAUACUAGACAAAGAAUGCAGACCUUCCUUUGCCCGGCAGAGAAUGGUGACUGAACAUCAUGGCUCCACACCAACAAUAGAUCCUUUUUUGAACAAGAACAUGAAGUUAGAUGAACAAAUAUUCCAGUAUCCUCCACCCUUUGGGUUCCUGGACAUGAAGAACAAGCUUGAGGAAAUCCUAAACCUCUUACCAGUUUCUUCUGAACAGAGGCUUGGGGAGCGAGAUUGUCGACGCUGUGUAGUGGUUGGGAAUGGAGGGAUACUGAAAGGAUUAGGACUCGGACAUCUACUUAAUCGUUUCGAUAUUAUCAUCAGACUGAACAGUGGUCCUCUUCAAGACUUCAGUGCAGAUGUUGGGAACCGCACCACUAUCAGAAUGAGCUACCCUGAAAGCUGCCCGAAGGUCUGGGAAGAUACGGAUCCAGAUCUCAAAUAUGUGGCUGUGAUAUUCAAGUCUGUAGACUUCCACUGGCUUCGUGCGAUGAUCAGCAGGACACCAGUUUCGCUGUGGGACAGGCUGUUUUUCUGGCAGAAUGUGCCAAUGAGCGUUCCAGUCAAGACCUCCCAGUUUCAUCUCCUGAAUCCCCAGAUUAUUCGUGAGAUGGCGUUGGAUCUGCUUAAUUAUCCCGAGCCUAAAAAGCGGCUCUGGAGCUGGGACCAGAACAUCCCUACAUUAGGGCUUACAGCUCUCAAUCUGGCAACAUACAUAUGUGACGAGGUGAGCCUAGCAGGCUUUGGCUAUAACCUCAGCCAGAAAGAGGCUCCUCUUCAUUACUAUGACAGCGUUCCCAUGACAACCAUUUUAAAGGAAGCCAUGCACAAUGUACAGAAAGAGACUGUUUUUCUCAAACGUUUGGUAGCCUCAGGCAGUAUUACGGACCUCACAGGUGGGAUACACUGCAGCUUCUGUUGAAACCAAAUGGCCCCUGCAUUACCAAACACCAUUGUGAGCCAGAUUUUCACAGGAGCCUGAAAGGAAUGAAGUUUUAUAGUGAAACACUGCUAAUGCAGCACUACUGAGUAUUUUACUAACCCUGAAACUGUGAUAAUGCUGUGGUCUUAAUCAAAUUAAAUCAAGUGUGAGUUUUAAAGGGGUAGUUCACCUAAAAUGAAUACGUACUCAGUAUUAACUCUGCCUCAAGUGGUUCCAAACCUUUAUGAGUUUCUUAUAUCUACUGAACAUAAAUGAAGUACUAAAUAUUAAAGUAUGUUGGUUAUGGGUAGCCAUUUACAUCCAUAGUAAAUAAUGAAACAAAGUAGAACAGACCGAGGGUGAGUAAAGGAUGACCGAAUAUUCAUUAUUGGGUGAACUAUCUAAUUUAAGUCUUUAGUUUUAAAAUGUUCUUUGCCAAAUCAUAAAUUUUAAUCAAAACCUACUGCUUUUUAAUAUCUCAACAUGCCAAAUUUAGCAAUUUGUCAAUGACAAUAAUGCAAUAAAUCACUGCAAUAUGUGUAUUGUCUCAACAGAUGGAGCAGUCAUAGUUAAACACAAUGAAGAGCUAAAUAAUUAUUAGUUGUGUGCUUCAUGUGAGGUGCAACAAGCUUCCCCACGCUACAUUUGGCAUGUAUGAAAUAGCUGAGAACUUUGAUGUAUAAUUUGUGUUGUGCAUCCAGACUGAUAACACUCGGAUUUAUUCAAGAUGUUCCUAAAGAAAUGUCUGUGAUGGGCUUAAACUGUCAGAACUAAACUGACAAUGCUUCUUGAGGAGUUGUGAAAAUCUUACAAAUGAUAGUUUUCACAAAGCAGUUUUAUAAAAAGCCACACAUUAGCAUUUUACUGAUAUUUAAGACAAGGCACAGUGUUACUUCUCGCAAUAAUCUUGCUCUUAAUGGAUUUAAAGUAUUAGUGUCCUUUUAUUCAGUUGUGUGCAAAUAAAUGCAAUAAAAACUAA